GUGAGUGGCGAUGAAGUUGGAUCUGCAACUGUAUCAGGGUGGCAUUAGCUUAGCUUCCCUAUACGGCAAUACCCCAUUUGCCGACAACGAUGAACGAUUCUGGGCUUUGAGAUGGCAACUGUUUCAGUGAAGCAGUUGACAGGAAAUCGCUGCUUGGAAUUUUUAAGAACUUUGAGACCUAUGUUCUUCACUAGGAGGUUCAGUUCCCAGCUCUUCGUAAGCAGGUUAUCAUAUUACACCACAGAUAAAGAUUUGAAAGAGCUGUUUGAGUCAUUUGGUAGAGUCACAGAUGCAAGACUGAUUAAGGACCCAACUACCCUGAGGCCUAAAGGUUUUGGUUUCGUGACUUUUGAAUCUGUUACUGAAGCACGCAAGGCAUUGCAGGCUAUGAAUGGAAGGAUAGUUGGCGGAAGGCUGAUAUUUGUGGAAGUUGCAAAGACUACAGGACCUGAAUGAGGGCAAGGUUGCCACUUGAAAUGCUUUCUUUACCCAUUAGUUGUCCUUUUGGUAAAGGCCUUUGUAUCCAAUAUACAUAGCUCUUUGGUUACUAA